AUGGUUCUUUAUGUCAGUUUAUUACGAAGAUUACAAAAAAGUCCAAGCGCUACUGGAAAGGCGGAAGUAGCGUGUGCAGUGAGCUGUUUAUCAUUCCCAACUACGACGUUUCCAGGAUUUUUUGAAAGAAAAGUCUCUCGCUACCAAGUAAACACAAUGUACUUACGUAAAUUAUACCAAAAAAAGAUGUUGUACCUUUGUAUGAUCGAUCUCUCCACCGCUUUGUAUGAUGCAGCAGCCAAAGCUACAAUGCGACACGAUUCAAAGCAUUUUUCGCAGUGCAGAACGCUUUUCAGCAAGACUCGUCGCGUUUUUAUUCCAGGAGCACGAACGGCGUUACACUUAAACUUGAAUUCGGGGAACCAACUUGGUGCUUCGCUUCGGAUCUUUUUCUGUGCCAAGCGCCGGGGAUUGUACUUGCCGUCAGCAUUCCACGUAGCUUUUAUUUACGGCCUACCUGUGAACGUGAAAGUGAAAGUGCACGUAAUUCCAAUUCUAGUACCACCACUGGUCUGGCGAGUGCGAUUCUCGCUCUACUAGCUGCGAUGGCAGUUGUGUUGUCUUCUGAAAGUCAAUGUUGCGCUACGAAGACAUUUAUUUGGGUAACGUAUUAAUUUGACCUAGGCCUAAGCGACCAUUUUCCACUGGAACUGUAAGGAACGACGAGUCCCGGAGUGAAAUUUGCUUCUGUUACUGGAAAGUAAAAGCGGUGGUAGCGAGCUGCUGUGGAGCCCACGAAGAAGAUGAGAUAAGAAAAUCAAAAUUAGUUUACGUAGGACGAGGCUUGAAAUCACAACAAAAAAAGUUAGCAAACGCAAAGCCGAGCACUCCGCUGGUUUUCGAAUUUGCGGCAUGUUGUCAAAUGCUUGGUGUUCUACUGAGGGAAUGAAAUUCCAAAGGCAAACAGAGGAAAGUUUGUAACGAUGGGAGCGAAGUGUAGAGGGUAGAAUCCAGAAGAGAUCUGCACUCAAGGAGCGUCCAAAUGUGAAAAAUUCUUUGACACCCUAAUGUGGCCUUUCACCGCGAAGAGAGGGAACACAGCAC